AUGCCCAACAAUAUGAAGACUCGAAUUACAGGUGCUCUCUUCCUUGGAGCCAUUUUCGCCAUUGUUGGACUUAGAGCCAUUAAUGGCUCUCAAGCAAGAAUUUUACCAGAUAGCUUUCGACUCAAAGUAGCAAUAAUAGCUGCUUAUGGAAGGAGUUACAGCCCACCACCUCCAUCUCCGAUCCCUUCACCAAGUUCCAAGGAACUUAACAGCAAUUACGAGAAGUAUUCGUCUCCGCCACCACAAUCUCCAAAAAUCGAUCCACCAAUCGGUCAAGUAACCAUUAGUAAUGGACGGACCACGCCAUCACCUCCACCCCCGAAGCCUGCUUCACCAAAAGGCGAGCUUGAGAUUGGUUCUCCAUGCACUGAUGGGACUCCAUGCAACGAUGGCCACAUUUCGAUGAUAACAAAUUUUGAAAGGCCUUUACCAAGUUCAAAUCCACCUCCAGACCCAGCGACUCCUAUAAUUCAAAUAACCUUUGAUCCUGAGCUGAAAGUGCGUGCAAGAUCACCACUAGGACCUGAGGGGAUUUUGAAGGAGCUCUUUUCCUCUGGCAGAAUGUUUAUUUUUUCAUAUCUUGUAUAA